GCUACCAAUUACUCACUACACACCUGUCGACUGCGACGACAGUUACGUUAGAUCGAGUUGAUUAAAUUCGUAUUUAACAUAAUCUCAAGACCACAGUCCAGAUUUCGUCACGGUGCUACCGCGUGCGCCAAGUGUAUUUAUUUGGGAGGGAAAAAAAGUGAGAGUUAUAACUGUAUUAUCCACCUGUGAAAUUCGCACAGGUAUAAGCCGGUCGCACGCCGAAAUUCACUUCUUCCGCCUCUGGAUCGAAUUAAACGUCACGAACGAGUUUGCUUCUCUAAGGAACGCGACAUGAAUUCGACGGACAUUGAAUCUGAUCGCAAGCCGCUUGAACAGUUACCACGGUACUACGUGUGCGUAUGCGAGGAAACAUCACGCCGUUUGCAGGUGCUGCUUUCUUAUCUCUGAGGGUUGUCCUUGAUGCUUCGUCAUUUUUCACAACAGUCGAAUAAAUAGAAGGAAGGAUCAAGGUGAUCAAGGGAGGGUCGAUCGAAUUAUUUGCAUCAAGAAAACAGGACGCGCGCUCAGCAAAUAAUUGAUAUGGCCACGAUGGCUGGCAGUGAAUACACAUCCGUGAAGGACUUUUACAGAGACAGAUCGAUUCUUAUAACCGGAGCUACGGGUUUCAUGGGCAAGGUUCUCGUCGAGAAGCUGCUGAGAUCAUGUCCAGACAUCAAAAACAUCUACCUUCUAAUGAGACCUAAAAAGGGCCAGAACGUGCAAGAGAGGUUGCAGGAACUUACGAAGGGGCCGCUUUUCGAGAAAUUACGACGGGAUUCGCCUGGCGAACUUUCCAAGAUCAUACCCGUGGCCGGCGACAUUACGGAACCAGAGCUGGGUAUCUCACCGGACGAUCAAAAUAAAUUAAUACAAUCCGUAUCGAUCGUCUUUCAUUCAGCGGCCACCGUCAAAUUCGACGAGGCCUUGAAGCUCUCGGUCACCAUAAAUAUGCUGGGCACCAAGAGAUUGGUUCAAUUAUGUAACCGCAUGCACAAUGUGGAGGCGUUCAUUCACGUGUCGACGGCGUAUUGCAACUGCGACCGGCUCGAUGUCGCCGAGGAGAUUUAUCCGGUGGGCCGGGAACCCGAUCAGGUGAUCGCUCUGACGGAGUGGAUGGACGACAAAAUGUUUGAGGAAUUCACGCCGAAUCUGAUCGCCAGCCGACCAAACACAUAUACAUUUACCAAAGCACUGACCGAGCGAAUGCUGCAACGGGAAAAGGGUUCUUUACCAGUGGCGAUUGUCAGGCCGUCGAUCGUGCUGUCGUCGUAUAGAGAACCGGUUGCCGGCUGGGUUGACAAUAUCAACGGCCCGACGGGGAUUAUCGCCGCCGCCGGGAAAGGUUUCUUCAGAACUAUGCUGUGCCACGAGGAUAAAGUGGCGGAUCUGGUACCCGUCGAUCUAGUGAUAAAUCUAAUGAUUUGCGCGGCAUGGAGAACCGCGACGCAACGCACCGACACCAUCCCGAUUUACAACUGUUGCACCGGCCAGCAGAAUCCUAUAACUUGGAAGCAGUUCGUCGACCUGUCGUUCAAAUAUUCCCGGCUACACCCGAUGAACAAUGUGAUCUGGUAUCCGGACGGUCGCUGCCACAGCUCUGUCAUGAUAAACAAAUUGUGCGUGGCAUUUCAGCAUCUGCUACCUGCGUACGUCAUAGAUAUUUUCGCUCGACUCAAAGGCUCGCGACCCACGAUGGUCCGCCUGCAGACGAAACUUUCCAAAGCCGCCCAGUGUUUGGAGUAUUUCAGUACGAAACAGUGGAACUUUAGAGACGACAAUGUGCGACGACUGGCCGAGCAGCUCAGUCUGGAGGAUCGAGAGACAUUCAUGUUCGACGUUAGGCAAAUCGACUGGCCGUCGUACUUGGAGCACUACAUCCUGGGAAUACGACACUUUAUCAUGAAAGAGAAUCCGGACACACUGCCAGCUGCUCGCUCAUACGUUACAAAAUUGUACUGGAUUCACAAGGCCGUGCAACUCGGGGUGCUGAUAAUAAUGCUACGCGUCCUGCUGUUACGCAGCUCCGCAGCGCGGGGAGCCUUCUUUUCGUUGCUGUCCAUCGUACUUCGCAUAUGCCGCUUGAUUGUUUGACGGCUCAGAACGGGCCCGGUCGAUGAUCGCGAUCAGCGUAACGCAAAGUGGCUGUUAACCAGCGGCCACUAUUUAAAGGUGCGAUUUGUUCUUCGACCUCGUUGCUCAGCCUCCUCGACGAUAAAGCGCUACCUGCACACCCAUCAAUUGGCCUUUUUCGUGUUGGUAACCGUCGACGAGUAACAACGUCAGCUACAGAUACUUGAUUCCCGAAAGAGUGCCGGUUAUUGAUUCGAUCGGACAAGAAUUCCACGACGAAACCGUCUCCCCCGCGAGUAUAUAAGUACGCUACAACACUUUGCAUAUAUUACAAUUAUUAUUGCAUUACCGAUGUUAUUCCUUGUUGCCCCCGCGCGAACCUUCGCGACCGUCACGAAAAUUGGCCGUCGCUCGAGUUCCGAUUUAGCGAUGUGAUUGUCAUUGCGUGUUCCAUUACGCUAGAAUAAAAGGUAACCGCGCAUCGCCACGAUUAAUUCCGUUAGCAUCGUUUGUACAUCGAUCUACUUUGCACAACGUCAAUUUCUAAAUAAAUGAAAGGAGCCAGGCUGCACAUCGGCACGCGCUCGAUCGUUGCUCUAUCGCGAGCUCGUUUCUUAGUCCAGCUAGUCGGCUUUUCGCUGUGGCAAAAUGCUCGCGAGUAAUCGCCGUUCUCAGGACACGACGCGUCGAGGAUCGGUCGUGCCUUUGUAUCGUCGGUAUCUGACAUUCUUUUUCCCUUUUGCUCUGUGACGUAAGAUACUUAGAUAUAUAUUUCGCUACUACUCGCACGUAGAGAGGCGAGAAAAUUGCUAUCGACUCAGAUAUAACGUGCGGGAAUUAGAAUCGACGCACCGUACAAUAAGGUAGUUAAAUUGUGACAAGUACGUAGGCGUUGCGACGACAAAUGUAUUUUUUCUUUUUUAAGAGCUUUUUCUUUUUUAAGAGCUGACACGCGAAAAUCUCUUAACUGUAAAGGUUUCGUCCGGAACAACAAAUUGCCUCGGGUGAGUUGCAUCGCAGUAACAGUCCUUGAUGAAAUUAUCUCUACGUAUCUUACACGCCCUAUUGUCACAGGAUCAACGUUUGACGAAUUUCAAAGGCAUCGGCAGUUUGUCCAACUACCUUUCUGAAAUUAGAUCGAGCGAUUUGUCACGCGGUACGAAUAAAGUUACAAACAGUGUGCAAAUUUUAGAGUCGCCAAAAGUACAUGUAUAAACAUGUACGAAGAUUUGUGGCUAACAGAAAAGAAGAAUCGUUAGACAUUAGGCUGGCGGAUGGUUUAUUAGUUUAAUUCCGAUGUUUCAACCAUACGGGUUGCGGUCCUUAUUAAGAAAUUUGUGACUAAAUUGCUAAUUGGUGGUAACAAAACGUCAAUUUCACGUUUCGCCCGAUAUAUAUAUAUAUAUAUACUUAUAUAUCUCGAAAGCUUGCUUUUUUAUUGUUUUCUCUACGAGAACGCUGUGGACAGCUUUGUCACUUAGCGUAUAUAUCUCAAAAGCAAUACGCGAAAUAUCCGGUGUACGAGAUGUCCGCGAUAUGCCGGCAGUUUUGUCGGAGUAGAUUCGAGUAGUUCGCAUCGCGUUGAUCCCGCGUUCCGCUGCAGCUUUGCUAUAGCCCGAUGUAAUUUGACAGUAGAUUGCCAGCAGAAAUCGAGCGGAAUGAAAUGUAUCAUCUAGGCGGUUAAGAAAGAACAGAUUCUGCCUAGUUUCUGCAGUCAGUCUGCUAUCGUGUUCCGUUAAUAAAUCCCGAGCGGAACUUGUAGCGAUACCUUCGCAAAGUCUACCUUCGGCAGACUGGAUCGUGUGGAUAUUUUUACGAGAACGCGCUUUUAUCAUGUCCGAAAGGGUGAAUAUUCGUACCGUCGAUCUGAUAGCUCGUCGUUGCCCCUGCCUUUGAGAUGACGACGAUGCAUUGACGCUCUUUUUUUUAUUCGUUCAAUUAGCUGUUCGUAUCGACCAUCCUUCGAGUGAAAUAAUUUAUCAAAUCGGAACGGGGCUUCCCUUUCUGUUUUACUGAUCAAUCGAUGAAACGCUGUCGUGCUUCGAGAAUGAAAGAGUACACUUGGAGAUAGAUAAGCAUAAAUGUUACGGAAGUAUUUCCGUGUUAAUUAACAACGUAAAAAAAGAAAAACGACAAAUAAGAUUAAUUCUGCGCCAAGGAGUAAAAGGGGGGGGGUAGUGCUACGAAGGUCAUCUUCUACUAGUCUCGUCUGUAUUGUUACUUGGUUACACAGUGCAUACAAAAAAACAAUAUUUAAUAUGUAUAAUUAAUUUAAUUAAUAUUAUAAUACUAUGCUACUAUACAAAUUACAUUAAAAAUAAUGAAUCAUUAC